ACUCUUUAUUGCAUCCAUCGUCAUACAUUUAUUACUCUGAUUUAUAUCUGUCAUCACUGUGAAAAUCGAGCAACUUAUAUACACCUUUCUGUUGAAAUGAUUUUCCUAGUAUUUCAUUCUUACUCAAGAUUGAUGAUAUCGAAUGAAGUUUAGAUUUGAAGUCAAUUCAAAAUAGUGUGAGACAUAUGAUGAUGAAAGUAUUUACGCGUACGUUUAGUUUGACGAUAUGCGCACCUGUAAUCAUUAGGGGAAGAUAGUGGUUAAUCGAAUUGCAGGUGUUUGGUGAGAGGAGAUUCUGAUUGUGUUACAACCAUUAUUGCAGCUGCAAUUAAUGAUAGUAUAUGUUAUUUCCUCUUCAUAAUCAUCUUGACAUUGCAUUCCUCAAUAAUUCCCAACAGCCUUGACGCCAAAUAAAUGAAGUUAAAUAUGAUAGCGAAAUACCAAAUUUAGUGGCCACAUUGAAUAUAUAAUGCUACUCUGGAAGAAGAUGAGGGCAGCAAGAGGCCUUGUGAAGUAGCAUCAGGCAUGGCUGCCCGGGAGAUCAAGUCACCCGAGCCCCUGCCCGUUACUCCGGCUAGGAGGAAGCGGCUCGGGAUGUACUUUCUGGAAUCCGACGACAGGCGGACUGCUCUGGGGGGCGGCUACACCGGCGGAGCUACACCGGUGAACAUCCACGGGAAGCCACUUUCGGAGCUCAGCGUGUCCAAGACCGGUGGCUGGCUUGCUGCUUUCUUCAUUUUCGGGAAUGAAAUGGCAGAGAGAAUGGCUUACUUUGGUUUGUCUGUCAACAUGGUGGCAUUCAUGUUCUACGUAAUGCACCGCCCUUUCGAGGGCUCUGCUAAUGCAGUCAACAACUUCUUAGGGAUAUCGCAGGCAUCUUCGGUGCUUGGUGGUUUCCUCGCCGACGCCUAUCUCGGGAGAUACUGGACCAUAGCCAUCUUCACCACCAUCUAUCUUGCAGGUCUAACAGGGAUUACCUUGUGCGCAACCAUGACUAGUCUGAUGCCAAAUCAAGACAAAUGUGAUCAGAUUGCUCUUCUCUUGGGCAACUGUGAGCCUGCAAAACCAUGGCAGAUGCUUUACCUCUACGCAGUCCUCUAUAUUACCGCCUUUGGGGCUGCAGGGAUUAGGCCGUGCGUCUCUUCCUUUGGUGCAGAUCAAUUUGAUGAAAGAAGCAGGGACUACAAGGAGCAUCUCGACAGAUUCUUCAACUUCUUCUACCUCUCAGUCACUGUUGGAGCAAUCGUGGCAUUCACAGCAGUAGUGUACAUUCAGAUAAAACACGGCUGGGGUAGCGCAUUUGGUUCACUAGCCAUAGCUAUGGGCAUGUCCAACCUGGUUUUCUUUCUUGGAACUCCUCUUUAUAGGCACAGGUUACCCGGUGGAAGCCCACUCACGCGGGUGGCACAAGUCCUGGUUGCGGCCUUUAGGAAGAGAAAAGCUUCGUUUCAGAGCAGCGAGAUAGUCGGCUUGUACGAGCUUCCGGGCAAAAGAUCAGCCGUCAAGGGUAGCAGCAAGAUCGCUCAUACUGAUGAUUUCAGAUGUUUGGACAAGGCUGCGCUGAAGCUGAAAGAAGAUGGCGUUGAUCCGAGCCCCUGGAGGCUCUGCACUGUCACACAAGUUGAGGAGAUAAAAAUCCUUCUGAAACUGGUCCCAAUUCCAGCUUGCACCAUUAUGCUCAACCUUAUCUUAACAGAAUAUCUAACUCUAUCAGUGCAGCAGGCGUACACAUUAAACACUCACAUGGGCAGUCUGAAGCUGCCCGUAACGUGCAUGCCGGUCUUCCCUGGACUCAGCAUAUUCCUACUGCUCUCGCUGUAUUACUCAGUGUUCGUUCCGUUGUCCCGGAAAAUCACAGGCCAUCCUCAUGGUGCCUCUCAGCUGCAACGAGUGGGCAUCGGCUUGGCUGUCUCCAUCGUCUCCGUGGCCUGGGCCGGAGUCUUCGAGUGGUACAGGAGACAUUACGCCAUAGAACGCGGCUACGAGGCCAGUUUCCUGACCCCCAUGCAGGACCUGAGUGCAUAUUGGCUGCUCAUACAGUAUUGCUUGAUCGGCAUUGCUGAAGUGUUCUGCAUUGUCGGAUUACUGGAGUUUCUCUAUGAAGAGGCGCCAGAUGCCAUGAGAAGCAUAGGGUCUGCAUAUGCUGCCGUUGCUGGUGGUUUGGGUUGCUUUGCAGCCACCAUACUCAACAACAUCGUCAAAUCUAUCACGGGCAAUGAAGACAAAAGAAGACCCUCUUGGCUGUCUCAGAAUAUAAACACUGGCCGAUUUGAUUAUUUCUACUGGCUGCUUACAGUCAUGAGCGUGAUCAAUUUCUGCGUGUUUUUGUUCGCGGCACAUAGGUAUCAGUACAGAGCAAAGCAGGUGACAGAGAUAAGAGAAGAAGAAAAUGUGCAGCUUAGCACCAGGGGUCAUACAGUACCUUAGUAUUUCUGUAGCCUCAUGUUUUAAUUCCUGCUUGCAUUUUCAUGUACACGUAACUGUAGCCGGUGUCUUCAAUCAACCACCGGACCUUUAAAGGUCAUUGCCUUAAUAGCUCAUCUGCAUGUCAAAUGCUUCAUUACAGGACCUACCGUUCAUUGCUCAA